AUGUUCAUACUCCCUACAACCAACAACACCUCAACAAUCUCCACAACUUCAACACUCUCUUCGAACAAGCGGUGGUGGUGGUCCUCUUGGUUACUCUCGCCAAGCAAGAAUGACAAAUUUUGGAAAAUUUUGAUUGUAUUGGCAGUGUUAUCCAUCUUCUUCACAUUAUUAUCUCCCAGUUCUACUGUCAUGACGACGCACGAAUCAUCAUCAUCAGCGUCUUCUUCUUCUUCGAGUAGUAAUUCUAAUGCUCAUCAUCAACGUUCAACACUCUCUACAACAAACACUCCAUCUCGAAAAGAUCGAGAAUUACAGGUCGAGAAUCAAUUCAUUCCAACAGAGUCAUUCGCACAUGAUGGUAAUAUUUGCAUUGUGACUACAUUUUCUCCUUCCUGCGAAAUUGAAACUUUACUCAGGCUUCCUAGAAGUGGCAUCAUUUCUCAUCGAGUGUUGAUAAAGAAAUAUGAAGGAAAGGAACCUCAAGAAAUGAUUUGUCAUCGUUUGGAUCAAACAGAGGAAUUAAAGAAGACCAAUUAUUUGAUUUUGGUUCAUAAGGAUGAGGGUGAACCAAUUCCUGGAUAUAACAACAACUUUAAACAUGCUGUGUUGGAGAAACUCGGAGUGUUGUAUCCACACACCAAAGUUGUGAAAUGGUUGAUAGGAGACGAACAAUUGGUUGUUCUUAAAAAGGAAAAUUAUGAGAAUUUUGACGCUGUUUUUAGAAAUUAUUGGAAUCAUGCAUUAACAUCUUUGAAUGCCACACUGCAAAAUAUUCAUUUCUUUCCUCUGUUUACUUGUUAUCCAUAUGUUUCACAAUCUUAUAUUCCUCGACUUCCUCCUCACAUUCAAAAUAAUGAGAAAUUUAUGAAAGACCUUGCUGAUUUCCAGUUCUCAUCUCUUGUUCCUGCUUCGAAACGAGGUAAAUUUUGUUAUUUUAGAGGUCAACGUCGCAUUCGAUCUGGAUUCCAAAUUGCACAAAUGAAGAAGAUACCAUUCACAGAAGAUGGAAAAAUAGUUCAAAAAGAAAUUUGUGACAUUUCUUUCACUGACGGUUUCAAUAAGGGAAGUAAGGUCGAUUAUUCUCUCCAAAUGUUGGAUUCAGCUCUAGUGUUGUGCCCUGCAGGAAAUAAUCCCGAACAGUUCCGAGUGUGGGAAGCCCUUGAAAAUGGAGCAAUUCCAAUUCCUGAAGAUUUAGAAUCAUUUAGUGGACUUCCAAAAGGUCAUCCUUUAAAAGUUGUUGAUAUAUCAAAACAUGCCUAUGUUCAACAUCCUGAUUUGAUUGACUUGAUCAAAUACUUUUAUGAAAAUCCAAAGAAAAUGGAUGACUAUCAAAAAACACUCUUCACUUGGUGGUUCCAAUACAAGAUUGAUUGUGCGAAUAAGAUGUCACGAGCUUUGCUGUCCAAUUAA